AUGGUCGACGAAAAAGCCUGGGUCUGGCUUCACGAAUGGGCCGAGUCGACGACGCGAGCUUGGACGAAGCAAGCCAAGGCAGAGGUGAGGAGGCAGAGCCGAUGCCAGAGUAUGGUAAGGUUGCGGAUCGCGAAGAAGGACGAGUCACUGCAUAUGCGCCGAGAGCGAGAGCGUCAUGAAGAGCAAGUCAAGAGCCACUUGGCCGUCCUGAACCGCUCCAGUUUAGAUCAAGAUCAAGACAUCGGCACCUCAAGCAAGCGCGAGCUCCGCUGCGCAGUCCACCGACUGGUCCUCGAGAGCGACACACUGCGGACCGAGAACGCGGAACUUCAGGAGAAACUUCAGCAACAGCAACACUUCCAGUUUCUGGUUCACGACAUUGCGGUGGACGUCAGUGCGAGAUCAGAAGAUGACUGGAGUCUCAGCGUCCAGAAUAUCGACACGGCCAGCAAGGAGGACGGCUGGAGGGUGGAGUUCCCUAACGGGGAGCCCUCCUUCUACUUCCAUCCGUUUACCUUGUCCGAGCAUCAAGGCGCAGUGGCAUCCUGUGAAUAUCAAGCCGCUCAAGGCUCUCAGAACAUGCCUGUGACUGGGCAGUUGUUCGGCUGGACAGUGCACCGCGCCCCUCUUUCGCGUACGACAGGAGACGCCUCACUCCACGGCCGAAUCAGGCUCACUGCACGCGUUGCGUGCUCGCUUGCUGUCGCGGAUGAGGUGAUUGCAGGGAGAGACCUCAACUCCUGGCCCCUCGUGUUCACGCCGCAGAACUGGAGCCUUGCUCAGCGGUCCAACGUGAGCACACAAGUUCUUCAGUCGUUCGACAGAGACUCCCACGUCAUGAUGUUCAGCAUUCCUGGCCCAGUCCACACUCGCUAUUUUCUGCUCGCUCAACGACGAGAAGAGGUGGAGUUCAACGGAAAGCGCUCGUUCACGCUGAUCCUCACGAUCAGCGAUUCAUGGCGCAAUGCCAAAAGCCGAGCAGCUGAAGAAUCUCAGCCGUAUGUCCAGUGGAUCCGUGAAGGCAGCGCGUGGGCAAAGUUCUCUGAAGUGGACCAAACUAUGAUCGACGUCACGUGCGAUAUCUGCGCGCAGUUUGACAGCGAGCUGCAUGCGCAACAAGUUUUCACUCGCUGGAUCGAGUUCGUCUGCGUCUGGUCUCGGGGGAUUAUGCAGUCGAAAUUGAUGGGGUCGAGGAAAUGA